UCUUUCCAUCAGCACACAACCCUUUCUCAUUUUACAGAUCUAUCAAACGCAAAACCAAACACCACCGAUCGCAAUGGCACCAAAGGCGGAGAAGAAGCCAGCGGAGAAGAAGCCGGCAGCGGAGAAAGCUCCAGCAGAGAAGAAGCCCAGAGCCGAGAAGAAGCUUCCGAAGGACGCCUCUUCGACUGAUAAGAAGAAGAAGAGGAACAAGAAAUCGGUGGAGACCUACAAGAUCUACAUCUUCAAGGUUCUGAAGCAGGUUCAUCCCGAUAUCGGAAUCUCAAGCAAAGCUAUGGGGAUCAUGAACUCGUUCAUUAAUGAUAUCUUUGAGAAGCUUGCACAGGAGUCGUCAAGGCUCGCUCGUUACAACAAGAAGCCAACUAUUACUUCAAGGGAAAUUCAGACUGCUGUGAGACUUGUUCUUCCUGGUGAAUUGGCCAAACAUGCCGUGUCUGAAGGUACUAAGGCUGUAACUAAGUUUACUAGCUCUUAGAGUCGUAGACGUUAGGGUUUGGUACUCUAUGCGUCGUAAAUUUAGGUUUAAAGUGCCGUCUUAAUGUAAAAAACCGAAUCGCAGAAGUAGCAAAAGUUUGUAAUGAUCCGGUUAUAAAUGAUAUAAUGAAUUAAGUUUAAUAA